AUGGCGUCCAAGAAUUCGGAGGAUAUUGUCACGCCAUUGGCUGUCGUUGGGUUGUCGUUCAAUUUUCCACAAAAUGCUACGUCGCCCGAGGGCUUUUGGGAUAUGCUGGAAGCUGGGCGAUCUGCAUCAACUGAGUUUCCCGCCAGCAGGAUGAAUAUCGAUGCCCACUACCACCAAGACCGUUCUCGCCUGGAUGCAAUCUCUGUCCGCGGAGGACACUUCAUGACAGAAGAUCUGGGGGCCUUUGAUGCACCCUUUUUCGGCAUCAGUGUCUCUGAGGCGCAGGCUAUGGAUCCGCAGCAGCGACUUGCCUUGGAGACAGUGUAUCGAGCAUUUGAAAAUUCGGGUCUCUCGCUCGCAGACAUUGCGGGCUCAAAGACCAGCGUCAUUGCAGGAUCUUUCUGCGAUGACUAUCAUAUAUUGCAAGUGAAAGACCCUCUGGAGACGAGUCAACACGAUGCCAGCGGUAAUGCGAAAAAUAUGAUCUCAAAUCGAGUCAGCUGGUUCUUUGACUUGCGGGGUCCAAGCAUCACACUCGACACGGCUUGCUCUAGCAGCCUCGUUGCAUUGGACAUGGUUUGUCAGUCUAUUUGGGGUGGUGAUGCGAGAAUGGGCGUCGCCGUCGGGAGCAAUAUCAUAAUUGUCCCCGAGAUGACGAUCGGCUUAGACAACCUUGGUCUCUUGUCCCCUGACAGUCGCAGCUACAGCUUUGAUGACCGGGCUGAUGGGUACGCAAGAGGAGAGGGGGUGGGCGCGGUAGUAGUGAGACCACUACAGGAUGCCAUCGACAACGGGGAUACUAUUAGGGCCGUUAUUAGGUCGUCGAGCUGUAACCAGGACGGAAAGACACCCGGAAUUCUUCAGCCCAGCAAGGAUGCCCAGGUGCGUCUGAUCCGCGAUACCUACGCGAAAGCCGGCCUAGACAUGGCAGUGACAAGGUAUUUUGAAGCGCAUGGCACAGGAACCCCUGUUGGCGAUCCCAUCGAGACGAGAGCCAUCGGAACAGCCUUUCGCAAGUACCGCUCAAAAGACGACCCUCUAUACGUCGGCUCCGUCAAAUCAAACAUCGGCCAUCUAGAGGGAGCGAGUGGCAUUGCCGGAGUGAUAAAGGUGAUAUUAGCACUUGAGAAAGGCAUAAUUCCACCAAACAGUGAAAAUCUGCAGAACCUGAACCCCCAGAUAGACGAGGAAUUUUUCAAUCUGAAGGUUCUUAAAAACGCCAUACAGUGGCCAACGAAUGGUCUGCGCCGGGCUUCGGUGAGCUCCUUUGGGUUUGGGGGAGCAAACUGCCACAUUGUCUUGGACGAUGCGUACAAUUCCCUUCGCCUUCGGGGGAUUGAAAGUGUAUGCCACCAAACAGCCGUCGUUCCUUCAUUGCGGGAUGAAGAUCACAUACUAGUCAAUGGUACUAGCGGCGAUUGCCAAUCCAAACCUGAGGAAGAUUAUGAACUGCUAGUCUGGUCAUCAGCAGAUGAGGGCGCAAUCAAGAGGACUCAGGAUUCUUGGGCUGCGUAUCUCUCAGAAAUCACGGUGCCAGAUUCCAAGAGGAACGAGUUUCUGCAUAACCUUGCACAUACACUUGCAGCCCGACGGAGUCACCUUACAUGGAGAACAUUUGCAGUUGCAGACCAUACCGAAAGCCUGCGGAACUUGGCCAAUAACUUCCAGCCAGCCGUCAAGUCCAAGGGCUCUCUGAAACUGGCUUAUAUCUUUACAGGCCAAGGGGCUCAAUGGUACGCUAUGGGUCGCGAGCUUAUUGAACGAUACGAAGUUUUCACUCAAAGUUUAGCCGAAGCGGGAAAUUACUUGAGGGAACUUGGAUGUGCAUGGGAUGUGCUAGACGAGCUACGUAAACCAAUGUCUGAGUCCAAUGUUGAUGACCCUUCAUUUGGUCAGCCAUUAUGCACGGCGCUCCAAAUCGCUUUGGUCGAUCUGUUGAGUAGUUGGAAUGUCGUUCCAGCGGCCGUUAUUGGCCAUUCAUCCGGUGAAAUUGCAGCAGCCUACUCGUCAGGAGCUCUUUCAAGGCACUCGGCACUGAAGGUCGCAUACUUUAGAGGCCGUCUUGCAGGAGAACUGGGGAGAACUAGUGACACCAAGGGAGCCAUGCUUGCAGUUGGCCUCUCGCAGUUUAACGUCGGACCGUACUUAAAGAAGGUCAGCGAGACUUCUGGACAAUUGCGCUUGGUUGUUGCUUGCGUAAACAGUCCAAAAAGCAUUACUGUUUCCGGAGAGAGUGAGCAAAUUGAGUAUCUGGAACGGCUUUUGACACAGGAUGAUAUAUUUUCACGCAAGCUGGUAGUUAAUGUCGCGUAUCAUUCCUUCCAGAUGGAAGAGGUCGCAGCUCGGUAUGAAGCUGUACUUGGAAACCUCGAGGUUCCAUGCCCUCGUCUGAAGAGACGUCCCACUAUGAUUUCAUCGGUCACAGGAAAUGUCAUUCAUGGAGAGGAAUUGGCUAACCCGGCGUAUUGGGUGAGAAAUAUGGUUUCUCCUGUCCUAUUCGCUGAUGCCCUGAGAAAUCUGUGCAUCCAGCCAGCCAACCAGACAAAGAAAAUCGAUGGCAGCCACCGACACUCAGUGCGAGUGAACCAUCUUCUGGAGAUAGGCCCACACUCAGCACUCCAGGGGCCAUGCAAGGAUAUUCUGAAGGCCGCCAACAUGGACAAGAAUAUUGGUUAUAUUGCUUCGCUACGACGCAAGUACUCUGCUGUGCGAAGUGUCUUGGAAUGCGUAGGUCAUCUACAUUGCGAGGGCUAUCCUGUCAAUGUAUCGCUGGCCAAUCUGUCAAGCACAAAACAGGGUCGUGUCUUGGUUGACCUUCCAGAAUACCCCUUCAACCAUGACACUUCAUAUUGGCAUGAGAGCCGGCACAGCAAAAACUUCAGAUUCCGGGAUACUGGCCGGUUAGACCUACUUGGAAUCAGAGAUGUUGAUGGGAAUCCCAUGGAAGCUCAUUGGAGGAAUAUUAUCAGCGUGGGAAACCUUCCGUGGGUUAAAGAUCACAAAAUCAACAACGAGAUUCUCUACCCAGCUGCCGGAAUGGUCGUCAUGGCUGUUGAGGCAAUUAAACAGCUCGUGGAUGUGAAUCGGCGAGUCUCUGGCUUUUCCGUCAAGGACUGCAAUUUUCUCUCGCCCAUUCGCAUCGCCACCCAUGCACAGGGUAUUGAGACAAGUUUUCACAUGAAGCGAGUCAAGCUUGGAAAAUCAGAUACCACAGGCUGGUAUGACUUUCGGGUCUGCUCUUAUGACAAGGAAACGUGGACUGAAAACUGCACUGGCUCCAUCCAGGCAGCAUAUGAAUCCAGCGAGGCUGGAUCGGGUCGCAAUGAGCAUGAGGAUGCCAAGUGGCAGGCUCAUCUUUCUAAAAAUUACCACGACAUAGCUCAGCGGUGCACAGUUUCAAUGGAUCCAGCCCAAUUUUAUAAGGAUCUCAUUGCCAAUGGAUACCAGUACGGGCAUGCAUUUGCUGCCAUAAAUGGCUUGAGUAUCAAUCAAACUGAUCCCAAUGAGCUGGUGUCCACUAUUCGGACGUUCCGAGGAUCAAGCCUGGAUAAUUCAGACUUCAUACAGCCACACACGAUCCAUCCAACGACCUUGGAUGCAAUCAUCCAUACUAUGACGGCUAUGAUAGUGAAGACUGGGGCUCAGCGGAGGGUUGUAGCGCUUCCUAAGAGAAUUGAGGAACUGUGGAUAUGCAACAGUGGAGCCCUAAGCUAUUCAGCUGCAGAUACCGUGGAGGCAUAUGCAUGCACAGAACGAAGUACUGUCACCGAAUCCCGGUACUCAAUGGCUGUGUUUGACAAAGACAUCAAGCAGUCUCUGCUCACUCUUGAUGGGCUUGGAGUCGCCGAAGUUGAGAACACCCUGGUACCCAAAGAGGAGGACGCCUGGGUCACGGAGGAUCUUUGCCACCAUUUCCACUGGAAGCCCGAUGUGGACUUAUUCGGGCCUAAGGAGGUAGAUGCCUUCUUCCCAAAAUCCGGGGUGGGAAGUAUGGAUACCAUCCAGCUUUGCGAAAAGAUUGAGUUACUCGCAUCUAUCUAUAUCAGUCGGGUCCCAAAAAGCUUGAUCGAACAAGCGAGGACGAGGAGCCCUCCGCAUAUGGUUAGGUACAUUGACUGGCUAGCAAAACAACAAGACGCCAUACGUUUUCGUCUUUCAGGUUCCGGUUCUCUGGAUUGGAAGGCCUACAUGGAGGAUGAGCAGCUUCUUAGAGAUCUUCACGAUGAACUUCAUGGCGGAACAAAACGGUCUCGUUUAGCCAGCACUGUCGGCAAGAACCUCAGCAAGUUUAUCUCCGGUGAUGCUGAUCCUAUCAGUCUCUAUUCUGUCCCCAAGAUAGACCAAAUUGCAAGAUACAUUGACGCGCUCGGCCACAAGAAUCCGCAAAUGAAGAUUCUUGAGCUCGGUGCAGGAAGCGGCGCGUUGACGGAUUUAUGCUUGAGAACGCUGAACACGGACGAUGGAAACAGGGCCCGGGUCCCUCGUUACAGCCAAUGGGACUUUACCGACAUCUCGAGUUCCUUUUUUCCACAGGCGCAGAGUCUAUUUGCAGAUUAUGAACGUAUGAGGUUCAUACCUCUGGAUAUCGAGAAAGACCCCGAGAGUCAGGGAUUCGAAUGUGGCACAUAUGACUUGGUUGCUGCUUACUUAGUCUUUCACGCUACAGUAGAUCUUACCGUCAGCCUAAAGAAUGCGCGAAAACUGUUGAAACCAGGUGGUAAACUCUUAUUUAUCGAAAUAACCAAGCCUGGGGCUCUAGUGACAGAUCUUAUGUUUGGUCUAUUUGACGGUUGGUGGAGAGGCUCCGAGUCCUAUCGUCAAUCUGGUCCAUGCGUUGACGAGGUGAAAUGGGGGGAGCUAUUGCAAUGUACCGGGUUCUCAGGAUGCGAUAUUGUCGUGCACGACUAUGACGAUGACCGUUGCCACGAAACGAGUAUGAUUGUGUCGACUGCAGUCAACGAUUAUCAGUCCCAGAAUCCGAAGGGAGUUGAUAUCAUACUAAAUCCUCUGAGUCAGACACAAAUUCAGCUGGCUUCAAAGAUAAGGGAGUGCCUUUUGAAAGCAGGGAUUGAGCAAGUGACACACGUACCCCUGAUAGAAGAUCUCAACGAGAAAUUGUCUCCUGAGAAGUUUCACAUCUCCUUGUUGGAAGUGGAGCACCCAUUCCUGUAUGGCAUGAACAGAGACGAGUUCCAGCGCCUCCAUGGCCUAAUUAUACAGACGAAUAAUCUUCUCUGGGUCAACGGGGGGGGAGGUCUUCAACCCUGUCCAAAGUUCCGACUUGGUGAUGGACUUUUUCGUGUUGUAAUGGAGGAGGAUCCAAGCACUAUGUUAUGCAUCCUAUCUCUCGAACGAUCAUCUUGUUUGGACCAUCAAUCCGAGCAGAUUCUGAAGGUAUUACUAGCAAUUAUGGAGGACUCUGAUAGGAUGGCCGAUACUGAGUACACUGAGAUUGGGGGACUGCUACAUGUGGGCCGUUUGGUCAAUGCGAGCUCGAUAAACCAGGAAGUCACUUUGAGAAAGACUCCGCAGCAAACACUGGUGAGGGAGUAUGGGGCGGGACCCCCGUUGUGCCUGCAGAUUGGCACCCCCGGCCUGCUAAAUACUUUACAUUUCAUAGAGGACAAGUCCCUACAGCAGCAUCUGGGACAUAAUGAGAUUGAAAUUCGGGCGGAGGCCGUUGGGCUGAAUUUUCGCGAUGUCCUCACUGCCCUAGGACGCUUGGAUAGCCGGACUCUGGGAGGCGAGUUUGCUGGAGAGGUGGUUCGAGUCGGGCAUUCGUGUGAGAGAUUCCAGCCGGGAGACCGAGUUAUCGCAUACUAUCCAAGCAACUUUGCGAACUACGUGCGCGUUCAAGAAGACAUGGCUGUGAUCAAAAUCCCUAACAAUGAGCUCUCAUUUGAGGACGCUGCUGCCAUACCGGUAGCAUAUGGGACGGCAUGGUUAACACUAAAUCGCAUCGCAAGGCUCCAACCUGGAGAAUCCGUCCUGGUCCAUUCAGGUGCUGGCGGGACUGGACAAGCGGCGAUACAGGUUGCUCAAUAUCUUGGUGCUACCGUUUUUACUACAGUGUCAAGUCAGGCGAAGAAGAAUUUUCUUGUGCACGAAUAUGGUAUACCUGAGGAACGCAUUUUUUCAAGUCGAAAUACGCUGUUCGUGAAAGGGAUCCGACGCCUCACUGGGGGCAGGGGCGUGGAUGUUGUGCUCAACUCACUGUCAUCUGAUGAGCUUGUUGCAUCAUGGGAGUGUGUGGCACCGUACGGCCGGUUUGUGGAGAUCGGCAAGCAUGACAUUCUUUCUAACUCUAAGCUUCCAAUGGCUCAAUUCAUGAAAAAUGUCAGCUUUAACGCAUUCGAUCUUGCGGCAAUGAUGCAGGACCGACCCCAGCUGUUAGUCACCGCGCUGCAGGAGAUUCUCUCACUGAUAAAAGCUGGAAAGUUUUCGCAACCGAAUUCUGUCCAGGUAUAUGGGAUAUCCGAGAUCGAGCAAGCAUUUAGGCAUAUGCAGAGCGGAAAAAACAUUGGGAAAACGGUGUUGAAAUUGAGGCCAACAGAUCAAGUCACGACCAUCGUGGACACGAAGCCGACCUACUUUUUUGACGCGGAUUCAACCUACGUGAUUGCUGGUGGCUUAGGCGGCCUUGGUCGGAGCAUUGCUCACUGGUUUGUCGACCGCGGGGCCCGCAAUUUGAUACUGCUUUCACGAUCUGGAAACAAGAACGUGUACGCAACAAAAAUCACGGGAGACUUACAGGAGAAGGGCGCUACGGUCGUGACGCCCUCAUGCGACAUAACAGACCGUACAGCGCUGGCAAGGACCUUGGACACUUGUAGCCGGACUAUGCCGCCAAUCAAGGGAUGUGUUCAAGCGACGAUGGUUAUCAGUAGUUCACACUUCGGGGCCUUGGCAUAUGAAUCGUGGAGGGCAUCGACUGCCCCAAAGGCGCAGGGGUCCUGGAAUCUACACGAGCUGCUCCCUCAAGGGCUAGACUUCUUCAUUCUCCUAUCAUCAGUGGCUGGUAUUUUGGGAGCAAGAGGAGACUCGGGAUAUGCGGCCGGCAACACAUUCCUAGACGGACUGGCUCGAUAUCGCACAGGAAUAGGGGAGAAGACAGUCUCAUUAGACUUGGGCCUUUUCCUCUCAGCAGGCUGCCUGCAUGAAAACAAACAGGCCCGCGAGUACUUCCUAUCCAACAAUGUCCUCAGACCGCUUAGCGAGUCCGAUCUUCACGCCCUCCUAGAUAUAUACUGCAACCACUCUUUGAAAAGCAUUCCUAUGGAGAAAAGCCAGACUGUGGUAGGCAUCACGCCUAUUGUACAGGAAAAGGGGGCGGGUACGACGGACUGGCUGCAGCGGCCAUUCGCCCGUCAUAUCAACAUGUCCGGCUUAGGCGGAUCGAGCGCCUCGAAGGGUGGAAAAACGAAUUUCGCGGAACUCUUUGCGAGUGCGAAGUCCCUGGAAGAGGUGUCUUGUGUUAUUGCACAGAGAAUGAAGACAAAAUUGUCGCGGAUGCUAUCCAUUUCAGCGGACGAGUUAGAUCUGGGCAAGCCGAUUCACCAGUAUGGGGUAGACUCCCUCACUGCCGUAGAGCUACGCAACUGGUUCGCACGUGAGAUGCGGGCGGAUGUCGCCAUCUUCGAUAUCUUGGGAGGAACGAGCAUUACAUCGGUGGUGGCCCUCGCUGCUGGGAGGAGUGAGUAUUGCUUGCUGAAUCAGGCUAAAUAG